CCAGGCAUCCAUCCCCAUCGCGAGCGCCGCUCGGCCUUCAGCGCCGCCGGCCACCGCCCCCACGCGCCACGCCUCGGGCUCCCACAGCUGCUUCGUCUCCCGCGCAAGCGCCGCCUCAGGUGCGGCUGCCGCUCAGCUUCCCGUGGCCGGCAGCUAUUCCGCCUCGCGCCGCCUGCCGUGCUCGGCUGGUUGCGUGCGCACCGCCCCAUCUACUACUACUGCUCGGCUUCCCGUGGCCGGCCCCUAUCAGGCUCCUAAUCCGCCUCGCGCCGCCUGCCGCGCUCGGCCUUCCGCGCAACCGGCCGCUAGUACUUGGCUUCCCGCCGCCGGCCGCUCCUCCUCACGCCGCCGGCCGCGUCCGCCGCCGCCUGGCCUUCCGCGCAGCAGCCGCCUUGGCUUCCCGAGGAGCGACGGCCGAGCUAGCCAAGGAGCAGCGGCGGGCGAGACCGCCAGGCGUCGCGAGCAGCGGAGCGCGGGAAGAGGCAGCGUCACGCGCGAGGAGGUCACGGUGAAACAUGGGGUCAAUCUGGCCCAAUCUAAAGCGUCGAAGAAGGAUCCAACGACCCGCUGCGCCGGCCCACCUGUAGACCUCCGUUUUCACUUUGCAUCCCGUUUUGUCCCCCGUUUUCACCCGCGGGCUCCCUCGCCCGGUCGGCCCGCCCGAGCGCGGCUCUCCUCCUCCCCCAGAAGGCCAGAACCGCCGCCGCCGCCGCGGGACUUCGCCGGGGCUGUUGCUGUGGGAGGCCGGCGGGGCCGCCGGCGCUGGAGUCCGCCGGGGACGGCGCCGCGCGCGCGGAGCUGGACGCGGUUGCCCCAGCGGCCUCCCCAAUUCCCGCUCCUCACCUGGAGCCGCUCCUCCUCUCAGCGGGAUUUCGGGGGCUUCUCCCCUGGAGCCGCUCGCCACCACCUCGUUUGGCAGGGCUCCGACUGAAGCCGUCAGAAGCCGGAGCCGGAGCUCUCCCAAAGAGGUUGCUGAGUGGGGUCCCAACUGGUCGCCUCCCACCGUCUCCACGCUUGUUCCUCGUCGUCUCCGAUGGCGGCGGCCGCGUCGCGCCGCCUGGGUGCGGCCGUGCGUGGGCUCUCUGGCGCCUGGUACGGGCGCCAUAUGGCCGCGGCCGAGCGCGCCAUACGCACCCGCCUCUCCCUAGUUGACCUCGUCCUCGAGGUCCGCGACGCGCGCGUACCCGCCUCCUCGGCGUUCGAGCCUCUCCGCCGCCGCGGGCCCCUGGAGCCCGAUGGACGCCGGGUCGUCGUGCUCAACAAGGCCGACCUGGCUGACCCGUCCGAGACCGAGAAGUGGAUGGCGUACAUGAAGAAGCAGAGAACGUGCCCGUGCAUCGCGGUCAAUUCGCACAGCGGGGAAAGCAUCAAGGAGCUGUUGAAUGUUGUGCGGUCGAGGAUCAGAGAGAUCAAGCGUGGCGAGAACGAUUGCACGGGAACGGUCCUCCUGGUUGGAAUUCCUAAUGUUGGGAAGUCAGCCAUCGUUAAUGCCAUGCAUCAAAUUGGGAGGAUUGGAGCGGCUGAGAAGGGAAAGCUUAAGCAUGCGAUUGUGAGCAGCCAUCCUGGAGAAACUAGAGACAUAAGUGGAUACAAGGUUGCUAGUCACCUGAAUAUAUAUGUGUUAGACACUCCUGGUGUUCUAUCUCCGAGAUUUGCAAAUGAUGAUUCUGGUUCCAGACUAGCUUUGACAGGAGCAAUCACGGGAUCCUUGUUAGAUGAGUAUGAUAUUGCACAGUUUCUUCUUGCAGUUGUGAACUCGAGAGAGGAAUAUAGGAGAUGGGAGAACCUAAAUGAAGAAGGGGGUAGCAGUUCUAAUGAUAAUGCAAAUACCUCCAGGAGCCACAACAAGAAAAGGCAAUAUGUUUCAGAUCAUACUCAGGAUUUCGUCGUGAAGGCUGUGCGCCAAGUGCUUUUUGAGACUAUAUCAUCUUUUAAGGUCGAUCUUGUAAAGGAAGAUGAACUCAGAAGAUUAAUAGACUGCCAGUUCGUAUCCUUACAGGAGGCUUUCAAAGUUUCCACCGAAUCAAGUGAGGAUGUGGGCAAAUCUAUAGCUUUGAAACUGCUCAAUCUCUAUCGGACUGGAAGGCUUGGCCAUUAUACCUUAGACCAUGUGCCAGAUGUUAGGCAGGAACUUGCUGCAUAAUUAUUUGUUCUUGCCAAAAUGCAUGUCUCAGAACGAUGCGUCUUGGCUCCCAACGUCCUUACUUCUGCUUGAAAUCCUCUUGUACCCGCGCACCCUGCGGAGCUCCAGCAGCCCUCCCCUGCAAAACGGCACAUGAAAUUCUUGAUGCUGUAAGCGAUUGCCGGGACUGUUAUGUCCAACAUUUUUGAUGCUGUAAGCGGCAAAACGGCACAUGAAAUUCUUGUGUUUAUCAUUGUUAUAUACUAAUAAUCAUGGCUAAUCAUUUAUUUUUGAAA